AUGACUACCAGAAACCACACUGGUGUCAGACACACAGUCUUCCGUUUGCUGGGCAUUCCUGGCCUAGAAGACCAGCACAUGUGGAUUUCCAUCCCCUUCUUUGUUUCAUAUGUUACUUCCUUGCUUGGAAACAGCCUGCUCAUUUUCAUUAUCCUCAUGAAGCGCAGCCUCCAUGAGCCCAUGUACCUCUUCCUCUGCAUGCUGGCUGGAGCAGACAUUGUCCUCUCCACAUCCAUGGUCCCACAGGCCUUGGCCAUCUUCUGGUUCCGUGCUGAGGAGAUCUCCCUGGAUUGCUGCAUCAUUCAGCUCUUCUUCAUCCACUCCACCUUCAUCUUUGAGUCAGGCAUCUUGCUGGUGAUGGCGUUUGACCGCUACAUUGCCAUUUGCUACCCACUGAGGUACACCACUAUUCUUACGAAUUCUGUGAUUGGGAAAAUUGGUGUAACCAUCUUUCUCAGAAGUUAUGGCACAAUUUUUCCCAUAAUAUUUUUAAUAAAAAGACUCACAUUCUGCAAAGGCAAUAUUCUCCCAAACACUUGUUGUAACCACAUUGUCUUGGCCAAAGUUUCCUGUGAUGACAUCAGUGUAAAUAUCUGGUAUGGCUUUUUUGUCCUAAUGUCAACAGUGGUCUUAGAUUCUGUGCUGAUUUUUAUUUCAUAUGUGGUGAUUCUCUGUGCUGUCUUCCACAUCCCUUCCCAAAAUGCUCGCCACAAAGCUCUCAACACUUGUGGCUCCCAUGUCUGUGUGAUCAUCCUCUUUUAUGGGCCUGGCAUCUUCUCAGUCCUUGCACAGCGUUUUGGGCAUCACAUCUUACCCCAUGUCCAAGUUCUGCUGGCCAGCGUCUGCUUUCUGGCUCCACCUUUGCUGAAUCCCAUCAUUUAUGGGGUCAAGACCAAACAGAUUCGGGACCAAGUGGUACACGUGUUGUUUACAAAGUAG